UAAGUAGCGCUGAUGAUCGAGCGCCCUUUGAACUUCUUACCGUGACCGCGAUGAAUGCCCGUUAAUCCUGCUUCUUACGCCCUUGAUUUCCUACUUUCACUAUGCUCGAUGCUCCGUUGCCUCCUUGCAGUCGUUUAGGACAUGUAGGGCACGCCAAACGAUGUCUUUCAGGGCUCCCGAGCGCACAGGUCGAGUUGGAUGCUUCAACGAUGGCGGUCGUAUUCUACUGCAUUGGUACACUAGAUCUCCUUGAGAUGCUGGAGGGAAAGACCUCCGAGUCGGACCGGCAGUCCUGGCGCGAUUGGGUAUGGGAGCAGCAAACUCAUGGCCCCAAUGGCUCUGGAUUUCGACCCAGCACUUAUAUGACUCCACAGAGGUCACCGAAUGUACAGGAAGAUUGUACCAGCUAUGAUGGCCCCCACGUUAUAAUGUCGUAUACGGCGCUUCUAUCGCUCGCCAUCCUGCGCGACGAUUUCUCCCAGCUAGAUAGGCCUGGACUGAUUAAGUUCCUCAAGUCCUGUCAGCGGGAAGACGGCAGUUUUUCUACCGUAAUCGGGAGUGGCGACACUGAUCUUCGCACUCUAUAUUGCGCCUUUGCGAUCAGUAGCAUGCUGGAUGAUUGGUCUGGUAUUAACGUCGAUCUUGCGCUGCAGUUUGUCGCGAAAUGCAGAACAUAUGAAGGUGGUUAUGGCCAGUCCCCGAAUUGUGAGGCCCAAGGAGGGACGACGUACAUUUCCGUUGCGUCCCUGUACCUUGCUCCUGGAUCGCCAUCUACUCGAUUGACUCCCCCAGAACGACAGAAGACCAUACAAUGGUUAGUCCGGAACCAGCUCUCGUCUGGAGGUUUUACUGGUCGCACAAACAAAGAAGCGGACGCCUGCUACUGUUUUUGGUGUGGUGCUGCACUCCAGAUUCUUGGUGCUCGCGAGCUCGUGAACGUGCGAGGCCUUGGUCAAUUUCUCUCGAGCUGCCAAUUCAAGUACGGCGGCAUCGCGAAGGUACCCGGAGAACAUCCAGACCCAUACCAUACUUACCUCUCACUCGCCGCCUUGUCAAUGUAUCCCCCAGAAGCUGAUCCGACGUGGGCAUUCGGGCCUCUUGAUCCCCUCCUUAACGCUCGUGUGGAGACCUCAAAUUGGGCGCGUGCGCACAUACCUGCCCGAUAACCUACUAAACUAAUGUAUCUACCUUAUCGAAGGAGGAUUUAACCGGAUUAAUCAAACCUUAACACACUAAGUUCUUGGACGGAGGA